AUGAAGUCCGACUUACCAGGAUACAACCAUUACUUUAAGCUUGGAGGAAAAGAUAUCUGGUCUUUUAUCAAUGAGACCGCAGCAGCUCAGGAGAAGGAAAGUGGAUCCAAGAUUGUGAAUUUGGGGCAAGGUUUCUUCUCAUACUCUCCACCUGAUUUUGCCAUUAAGGCUGCUAAGGAUGCAUUAGACGUCCCAAUGUUCAAUCAAUAUGCUCAUGCCAGGGGUAGGCCACAUCUUUUGAAGGUUCUUGCUGAGACCUUUUCAAAAAGAUUAGGCAAACAAUUGAGUACGGAUGAGGUUCAGGUUACAACUGGAGCUAAUGAAGGAAUGUUGGCAGUUUUCGUUGGGCUUCUGGAACGUGGAGAUGAGGUUAUUGUUUUCCAGCCUUUCUUUGACCAGUAUAUUCCUAAUAUUGAGAUGGCAGGUGGAAAGGUCGUUUAUGUCAAGCUAUUUCCACCAGCUGAUUUCGGUGAAAGAACGGUCACUGGUGAUGAGUGGACCAUUGACUGGGAAGGAUUGGAGAAGGCUAUUACUCCAAAGACCAAGAUGAUCGUGAUAAACAGUCCAUACAACCCUGUUGGAAAAGUUUUCAACAAUGAAGAGUUAAAACGUAUCGGUGACCUCGCCGUCAAGCACAACUUUUAUGUUCUUUCAGAUGAGGUGUAUGAGAACUUAUUCUUUGAACCAAAGCUUACAAGAAUGUCUCUCAUCAGUCCCUUGAUUGCACGUAGAACAAUUACCGUCGGAUCUGCUGGUAAGACCUUUGCGGCAACAGGUUGGAGAAUUGGAUGGGUGAUUGCCGAUAAGGAAAUAAUUCCACCAAUUACCGCAGCCCACACUAGAAUUUGCUUCUCAACUCCAGCACCACUACAGGAAGCCGUUGCAUCAGCUUUUGAUGUUGCCAAUACGAAUGGUUACUUUGCUAAAAUGAAGGCUGACUACACUCACAAAUACGAAAUAUUCAACAGCAUUUUUGACGAACUUAAUAUACCAUACACUAUAGCUUCAGGUGGAUACUAUUUGCUUGUUAACUUCAAGAAAGUGAAGAUUCCACAAGACUUCGAGUAUCCUGAUGACAUCAAGGAUCAGAAAAGAGACUUUAAGCUUGCCUAUUGGCUCAUAAAGGAAUUUGGUGUGGUUGCUAUUCCUCCUUCUGUUUUCUACUUGCCUGAGGAUGGUCACAUGAUCGAAGAUUGCCUUCGGUUCGCAAUUUGUAAGACAGACGAUGUUUUGGAGGAAGCUGUCAAACGGCUUAGACCUUUGAAAAAGUACAUUGUCAACUAA